GCUGACGCUUGCUAGCGUACAGUGUGAAUGACAACAUUUAAAACCAGCUGGCAACGUCGAAUACUUUGCAUACUUUCAGGCUGAUUUACCAUGUACGUCAAGAUAGCUCCGCAAGUUUGGCGUCACAUAUCGAUAAGAAAAAAAUCGCGUGAUUACCUAAAAAGUGUGUUCGAUAUUCCUACGUUUCGAUACUUUCAUGUAGCUCGCAAACGAAGAAAAGCCGAGUUUUUUUCUUAUGGGUUUUUACAUGGGGCGAACGUAACAUUCGACCUUAACGGAAAAAACCGAGGUUUUGGGUGCAAUGGAAAUGGGCUAUGAAUUCUACCUUCACGAGCUACAUGAAAUUAUCGAUAACUAACACAGAAAUAUCGAAGUAGGGUAAAAAAGCUCACCAAUCGACAAAUAGCGCCAAGGUAUGAAAGUAGAAAUAAUGAAAAUGGAUUUUGCUUUUUAAAGCAAAUCUUUUAUUUUUUAGAUGAGCCAAAAAAUUCGCAAGCCGGCAAUAUCGUGGAGUGCCUUCCACGAGGCUAUGUUGUUUGAGUUUACACAUACAUAUAUAAACGUAUGUGUGAGAAGUUUUUGGCGGCAGGCUUCAAUGUGGAGUGGAAGGACGUCAAGACCAAGUUGAACAAUUUGACCAAAAAAUAUAAAAAUGAGAUUAAGAAGCGAGGUCCAUCGCAGUGGCACCAUUUUGCCAAGGUGCACAGGAUUUUAUCAGCGGAAAAGCCCAUAAAUUUGGAAGAAUACGUCCUCGACAGCAUGGAUCCCGAUGAAGGGAAAUGGGAUAGAUUCAUGUCGUUUAUUUCUGACUCGAGUGAUUCGUAUUCUGAGGAUUCUAGCGUAAUCCCAGAAUCCUCUGAAUCCGAAUCAUUCGAACCGUGUGGUUCAGCUGGGCCGCCAGCUAAAAAGUGACGAAGAGGCCGACAAAUGACUGAAUUCGAUCGUCUCAUGGUCAAGGACGCAAACAGGCGGACCGAUAUUCUUGAGCGCCUUGGCAACGCUCAUCUCCAAUUAAUGGAGAGAUUAAUCAAGGCAAUGGA